UCUCUUCAUUAAUGAAUGCUUUUUAUGUCGAUUGCUAGCAACCAUCCACACGCCCACUGCCGCGAGUUUCGUACCGCAUGCUAUUAAUCCUUACCUUCAAUUAAAGAAUUAAACUAAAAUAAGAUCAUUGGUUAAAAUUGAUACCGUCAGCUGUUUAAGCUUCCCGAUCCGGGUGACUGAGUCUCGGCGUGUCUAUAAAAACCCGGGGACGGACUUUUAAACUUGCACUGAUACUAGAGUAUAUCAGAAAAUGUGGAAAUUCGUGACCCUGUGUCCGGUGCUGACCAUUGCUCUGGUCCUUACCUGCCUGGGUCACCCAGGUGAUGAACACCAUCUCACCCCUAAAAAGAUACGUAUUCUUGAAAACAUCAAGAGAGAACUGGAAGAAUAUAAAGCGAACCAAGACCAAGACCAAAGCGACAACAGUAAUAAAAACGCUAAUAGCAAUGAAGACGAAAUAGAUAGCGAGGAUAUCGACCCCGAUGAUCCCAGCAUGCAAUUGUUGCUUAGUAUGGGAGUAGAGAUAGACGGCGUCGUCAAGCAUCCAAAGGGACUUCAUCCUGAGGAUUCCGAACGGCAAAAAGAACAAGAGUUAGACAGAACAGUGGUGGCAGAGAAAGAAAAGGAGAAAGAGACAGAACCCAGGAAACAGAAGCGCAGAAAGAGAAAUUUUGGACCAGGGUGGCAGAAAUGGCCGAAAGCUGUGGUUCCUUACAUAUUCCACGAUAAUCUAGUUGCUAACAGGGUUGAAUUCUUAGAGGCUGUUGCACUGUUUGAUAAUUUAACAUGCAUUCGUUGGAAGCCAAGAUCAGCAACCGUGGAAAAAGAAGUCGGCCACAAAGGAUAUGUUCUUGUUCAAAAUGGAUUGGGAUGUGCUUCUGGAUUAGGAUUCUAUGGAGAUAGUGAACACCACAUCACUUUAGCAGAACCCGGCUGUGGAUCAGUCUUUAUAGCCGUUCACGAAAUGUUACACAGGCUUGGACAAAGACAUGAACAGUCGCGGAGCGAUCGGGAUCGAUAUAUAAAGAUACUUUGGAACAACAUCAAUUCCAACUCUAGGUAUAAUUUUUACAGAUCCGUAACGUACAACCGGAACCCUUACGAUAUUUCAAGCGUGCUGCAGUAUGGAUAUAAGUCGUUUGGUGCUGGAAAAACAACGAUAGAACUGAAAGAUCAGAACCUUCAAUUCCUGGAAUUCGGAGGCAACCGGGCCUUCUCAUUUUAUGAUGUGAAGGAUGUUUUGGAUCAGUAUGGAUGUACAGCGAAUUGUACCUCGCCGCCCGCCUGUAAGAGUGGGGGUUAUGUAAACGUAAACUGUGGCUGCGCCUGUCCUGAGGGUUUUACAGGGGCCUUGUGCGAGACAGUCAUCACUGACGCUGGCUGUGGUGGUUAUCUUCAUCUGACGGGAACUGACAGCGUCCUAGAACGAAACAAAGACAUAUCUGUCACUUCUCCUAAUUAUCCGGGCCCAAUUAGCGCUGGGAAAAUUUGUAGAUGGGCUGUAACGGCACCGGACGGUUACAUCAUUAAGAUGACGAUAGAAGGUCUCCACAUGGCUUAUAACCCGAAGACGCUGCGAUGUUAUCACUGGCUGGAAAUACAGUACAACCUCCCGGGACAACCAGGAAUAAGGCGGUGUGGGGAUAUCGUAGGCGAAGUAUUCUUAGCGUCAAUUGAUUCACCAACAUUGAUGAUUGUCACCAUGGAUACCAAGUUCGUAGGCAGCCGCGUGACACACAAAGGAUUCAAACUCCAUUUUGAAAAGGAGAGGGAAGUCUGCAGGGACAAUCUCUGUAAAUUCGGAGUGUGCGUUCCCACUGAGCUGAAAGCCUGCCAGUAUAAGUGUGUGUGCCAGCCUGGGUACACGGGCGAACACUGCGACCUAGUGAUAGAGGACGCCAAACUUAGGUGCAGUUUUGAGAGAUUUGAGAACUGCUUCUUCGACAACAUUCAGGAAGGAGAUGACUUUGAAUGGGGUCCUGGAUUUAAACACACUAUGUCGGCGGGUACAGGCCCUAGCGACGCCUAUCGAGGGGAUAGAUACCUGUUCACAGAGAUGUCAUCACCCAGGAAGCCCGGGGAUAGGGCCGUCCUACAGACAUCGGUCCCACUACCAGCAAAAGAUGGAUGUCUUUCCUUCGCCUACAACAUGUUUGGUCUCCAUGUCAAGAACCUUACUCUGUAUGUUGAGGGGGCAAACAGAGGUAAAACCUCUCUCUGGACAAAGACUGGAAACCAGGGAUCUGAUUGGAUGACAGAUAAAGUUGAUAUACCGAGCACGUCAGAACUAAAGAUCGCGUUUGAGGCGAUAACGGGAGACUCUUGGAAGAGUGAUAUAGCUUUAGACGAGAUCAUGUGGGAAGUCGGCCAUUGUGACUUCAACGCUCCUAAAGAAUGUUUAGAAGUUGGAAAAGAAUAUGAAGGAACACGUGACUAUACCGAUACAGGCAUCCCGUGUCAGGCUUGGGGAUCUAAUAGUCCACACACACCCAGUCCCAAAUAUUCAUAUCUGGCUGCCGAGUCCAAUUACUGUCGGAUCGCUGACGAACCUGAACCGUGGUGUUACACCACUAACAGUGUGGUCAGAUGGAGCUGGUGCGAUGUACCACAUUGUUUUGCAAAGGAAUGUAGCUACACACCUAAAGGGUCGGACUACAGCGGGACAGUCAGUCACACCAAGACUGGGAUACCGUGUCAGAGAUGGGACGCACAGACUCCUCACCCUCAUAAAUUUAAUUACCUACACAUGGACGAGAACUACUGCAGAAACACGGACAGCAGUGCUGGGCCCUGGUGUUAUACACAAGAUCCGGACAUCAGAUGGGAGUUGUGUGACGUUCCACAAUGUGAGAAAUUGCAGCAAGAGUGCAUAAUGACUGGAAGAGGUAUAGAUUAUGGCGGUAAAAAGAGCAUGGCAUCAUCCGGAAAAGCGUGCUUACCCUGGACAGAAGGAGGAAUGAAUGAGGAUUCCAAUUACUGUAGGAAUAUGGAUUCCUCUCCCAAGCCUUGGUGUUACGUACAGGGAGAACUCGGACCGGUCAAGGAAUAUUGCGACAUUCCAUCUUGUGCUGCUUCACCGUGUUUUUCAAACCCGUGCAAGAACGGAGGAGAGUGUGUGGUCAGUGGGUCCUCUUAUACAUGCACGUGCCUGUCUGGAUUCAAGGGAGAAAGAUGUGAAACAGAGGAUUUUAGCGACGUGAAUUGUAAGAACUCACCUACUGGUAGUGACUAUACGGGAGAUACUCACGUGACAAAGACUGGGAGGACGUGCCAGGACUGGGGAUCUCAAUCUCCUCACCCUCACAGCACAGGGACAGAUCUACCAAACAACUACUGCAGGAACCCGGAUGGUGAAGCAUCACUCUGGUGCUAUACCACAGACCCACACGUACGAUGGGAUUAUUGCGAUAUUCCUGAUUGUGUCACCACUCAACUGGAGUGCCUAACACCUGUGGAUCCUACAGGCAGGCAGUAUUCCGGAACACAAAAUUUCGCCGAUACCGGAGACCUCUGUCAGAGAUGGGACAGUCAGUAUCCGCAUGCGCAUAGUCUUACUUACCUUUCCGAUCAGAGUAACUACUGUCGAAACCCGGACGGCGAAAGCGGCCCGUGGUGUUACACUGUCAACCCAAACAAACGCUGGAGCAUCUGCAGUAUCCCUAGUUGCUGAAAACUAUUUCGUGAUUUGUCUACCUUGACUGUGAAUGACAAGAUGUAGCAAUUUAUUUUGAUAUAAAUGAGCAUUUUAAAAACAAA